UCUUUGAUUAGGGUUUGUUUUCUUGAUCAUUAAGUACAUGGUUGACAUAGAAGUUCAGAUCCCCACUACUUUCGAUCCAUUCGCUGAUAUUAACGACGAUUCGGGUGCUCUUGGAGCGAAGGAAUACGUUCAUAUCCGUAUACAGCAGAGAAAUGGGAGAAAAAGUUUGACAACUGUACAAGGGCUGAAGAAAGAAUUCAGCUAUGAUAAAAUCCUCAAGGAUUUAAAGAAGGAAUUUUGCUGUAAUGGUACAGUUAUCCAAGAUAAGGAGUUAGGGAAGGUUAUCCAAUUACAGGGUGAUCAAAGGAAGAAUGUUAACAAUUUCCUUAUUCAGGCUGGGAUUGUCAAGAAGGACCAUAUCAAGAUACAUGGUUUCUGAAAAGUGAAAACCUUUUUACUGUAUUGGAUCAUCAUGGGUGUUCUUGUAUGAUAUAAGAAUGUGAUUUGCUUUAGUGUUUAGCCAUUUGUAUGAUAUAAUAUGAUGGUGUGAGUGUAGUAGAUUCUCAAAGAAGAAUUACGUGAAUGUGUAACUAGAUGUUGAAAAAACAAUUACAUUUCUAUUUGGAAACAAUUUCUGAUUGAAGGCUGGCAUCUAAUAAUGAAUUCUUGAUUCUUAUCCAA